AUGGGCGCCUAUCUCUAUGGGCGCCUAUCUCUAUGGGUGCCUAUCUCUAUGGGCGCCUAUCUCUAUGGGCGCCUAUCUCUAUGGGCGCCUAUCUCUAUGGGCGCCUAUCUCUAUGGGCGCCUAUCUCUAUGGGGGCCUAUCUCUAUGGGCGCCUAUCUCUAUGGGCGCCUAUCUCUAUGGGCGCCUAUCUCUAUGGGCGCCUAUCUCUAUGGGCGCCUAUCUCUAUGGGCGCCUAUCUCUAUGGGCGCAUAUCUCUAUGGGCGCCUAUCUCUAUGGGCGCCUAUCUCUACGGGCGCCUAUCUCUAUGGGCGCCUAUCCUAUGGGCGCCCAUCUCUAUGGGCGCCUAUCUCUAGGGGUGCCUAUCUCUAUCGGCGCCUAUCUCUAGGAGCGCCUAUCUUUAGGGGCGCAUAUCUCUAUGGGCGCCAAUCUCUAAGGGCACCAAUCUCUAUGGGCGCCUAUCUCUAUGGGCGCCUAUCUCUAGGGGCGGCUAUCUCUAUGGGCGUCUAUCUCAAGGGGCGCCUAUCUCUAGGGGUGCCUAUCUCUAUGGGCGCCUAUCUCUAUGGGCGCCUAUCUCUAUGGGCGCCUAUCUCUAUGGGCACCUCUCUUUAG